GUUUCUACCACAUGUCCACAUCUAUCCGGAUUGCAAAUAUUGCCUAGUGGUACGUGCACCUGCCUGCUUCAGACAGCAGAACAGUGAUGGUAGUACGGCUGGUACUGGUAACAUGCGGUAGCAUUUUAAAAAAAUAAAAAAUAAAAAAUAGCAGUUCCAUUUCGCGCACAUCGCCUUGUCCUUGGCGCCCGUCAUCCGUCUCGUUCCCUCGAGUCCAAAACCCCACCCAGUUCUUUAACUUCAUCUGCCUGACUAAUUAAUGCUUAAAAACAACCAGGCCACGCACCGAGCUGCAAAACCAGACGUGAUUUGUGACGACAAGACCCCCUCGAGCAGCCCGUAAAUGAAAUCCCGUGCCGUCUCCGCACGGGCACCCCGAAUUGACAUUUCACCGAACCGCAAAAUCUCUUCUCCGGUAGGAUCAGGGAGCGAAACAAUUAUAUUCAGAUAGCUCGGCUUGGUGUGGCGCUCAUGGAUGCCGGUAUCUUUCCACGCUGCAAAUGGCGGAAUGCUACUAUAGAAUAAAACAGCGGAGGAUUCCUCCUUCCCCUGCCUCUGCCUGCUCGUUCCUUUCUUAGCAUCGCGGCCACUGGUCCUGCUGCAGCGGCGGGGGUGUCCAAGAAAUGAGCCUGCGGGGGGACCCGGCGCCAGCCGGGGACGAGACGGCGGAGGAGCUGCUGGAGCGGGUCCAGGGGAUGGUGCCGGCGGCGCUGGAGGCGGCGAGGGCGGCGGGCGGGUUCCCGGGCCGGUGGAAGGCGAUCGCCGCCAAGCUGGAGACUCUGCCGGCGUGCCUGUCCGACCUGUCCAGCCACCCGUGCUUCGCCAAGAACGCGCUGUGCCGCGAGCUGCUGCAGUCGGUGGCCGCCACGCUAGCCGAGGCGGCCGACCUCGCCGGGCGGUGCCGGGAGCCGCCUCCGGACGGGAAGCUGAGGACGCAGAGCGCCAUCGACGCGCUUGCCGGGAAGCUCGACCUCAACCUCCGGGACUGCGCGCUGCUCGUCAAGACCGGCGUGCUGUCCGACGCCUCCGGCCCGUCGCCGCCGCCGGAGGCUGCCGCGGCGGGGUCGCCGGCGCACGCGGACGUCCGGGAGCUGCUCGCGAGGCUGCAGAUCGGGCAGACGGAGGCGAAGAACCGGGCCGUGGACGGGCUCCUCGAGGCGCUGCGCAAGGACGAGAAGAGCGUGCUCGCCGUGCUCGGCCGCGCCAACGUCUCCGCGAUGGUGCAGCUGCUCACGGCGUCGGCGCCGGUGGUCCGGGGGAAGGCCGCCACGGUGGUAUGCCAGGUCGCGGAGUCAGGCAGCUGCGACGGGCUGCUCGUGUCGGAGGGCGUCCUGCCGCCGCUCAUCAGGCUGGCCGAGUCCGGCAGCCUCGUCGGCCGCGAGAAGGCCGCCCUCACCCUGCAGCGUCUGUCCGUGUCCCCCGACGUCGCGCGCGCGAUCGUCGGCCACGGCGGCGCCGGCCCGCUCAUCGAGAUCUGCCAGACGGGGGACUCCGUCUCCCAGUCCGCCGCGGCCGGCGCGCUCAAGAACCUCUCGGCGGUGCCGGAGGUGCGGCAAGCGCUGGCCGACGAAGGUAUCGUCCGCGUCAUGGUCACCCUGCUGGACUGCGGCGCCGUGGGCGGGUCCAAGGAGCACGCCGCCGAGUGCCUGCAGAACCUGACGUCGAGCAACGACGGCUUGCGGCGCGCUGUCGUGUCGGAGGGCGGGCUGCGCAGCCUGCUGCUCUACCUCGACGGCCCGCUGCCGCCGGAGCCCGCGGUGGGCGCUCUCCGGAACCUCGUGGGGGCCGUCUCGCCCGACAGCCUGGUGUCGCUGGGCGUGCUGCCCCGGCUGGUCCACGUGCUCAGGGUCGGGCCAGUCGGCGCGCAGCAGGCGGCGGCGGCGGCGAUCUGCCGGAUCUCCAGCACCGCCGAGAUGAAGCGCGCGGUCGGCGAGCACGGGUGCGUGCCGCUGCUGGUGCGGCUGCUGGAGGCGAAGUCGAGCGGGGCGCGCGAGGUGGCGGCGCAGGCGCUGGCGAGCCUGGUGGGUUGCCCUGCCAACGCCCGGGAGGUGAGGAAGGACGACAAGGGCGUGCCGAGGCUGGUGCAGCUGCUGGACCCGAGCCCCGCCAACACGGCCAAGAAGUACGCCAUCGCGUGCCUGCUGACGCUGUCGGCGGCGAAGCGGUGCAAGAAGCUGAUGAUCUCGCACGGUGCCAUCGGGUACCUGAAGAAGCUCUCCGACAUGGACGUCGCCGGCGCCAGGAAGCUGCUCGAGAGGCUGGAGCGCGGCAGCCUGCGCAGCCUGUUCAGUAGGGACUAGCAUAGCAGCUGUAAAAAGUAUUAACUAAAGCUUCGCUCGCUGCUUAUAUGAUGAUACGUACCAUGAAAUUUUCCUUUUUUGAUGUAACAUGUAAAAAUCAAGUGCAGUUUCACAUACCGUCGAUGAAAUGGUGCUGUGCAGGAGUUUGUGUUAACUGAAUAUAUUGAGCUGUAGCAGGGUGAUGGCUCGAGUUAGGAGCUUCACGCUCUGAAUAAAAUGAUGAGCAACAUUGUUCCGUUCUGAAAUUAAUUGGUUA